AGCCCUGGCAGAUCCAUCGCUCCUUCUCUUGCUGUUCCUCCAGCUUUCCCCUCUCUCUCCUGAGACUCUCUAGCUCGGACUGGUUUUGCUCCUGGAGGGAGAGAAAUCCUUUAGGUGCUCCUCAUCACACACACGUAUGCCUUGCGUCCAGAAAACAGCUUAUUCCCUGGGGUGAACAUAAGCAGCCUCUGGCAUUGAGUCAGCCUCAUUUCCUGCUUGAACAACCAAGAGCAUGGCUCUCAAAGCAAAACAGGGCAGCAAAAGGCAAUGUCAUAUCCCUGCCACCCCACAAGGCAACUCCCCCGGAGUUUAGGGUUCGACAUGCAUGUUGGGGGCAGGCUAAGUGCAGGCAUGGUGCUGUCAAGUACCAUUUUGCAAGUGUAUGGAACUGGGGACUGUAAGGGUAUGUGGUAGGAGAGCACCUGCUCCGUUAUGGGUAUCUGGUCAAGGACCUUUUCAAUGCAGAAAGGGGACAAUAAGAAAAGCAAGAAGCCAUAAGCAAGAACACCUAGAGACACAAACCAGACAGACAAACCUAAGAGACAAAGACUGGGAACAAACCUUGUCAGUCAUAAACUAUGGGCUGCCCAGAAAGGGCAGGUAAACCGCAAAUUAGCAGCUAAUGAGGGUGCUGCCCUGAGGGCUCAGGGUGCUCACAGGUGUGGGAAUGUGCAAACCGAUGAGGGAAACUGCAGGGAGAAGGUGAGGAGCAGGCAGAAAAGGAUAUAAAAGGGGCCAGCUGCACGUACCACAGGGCUGGUUGGUGCACCAGCCUGAGUGAGCCCUGCAUGUGAUCACUGCAGUCCAUCCUGUCUUCUAAUUAAAUCCUUUAAUUUAUUAAAUCUGCAUAACCACACUGUCUGUCCUGGGUGCAUGAGUGCUAAGGACCAAGUGCCAGUUAUUGGGGCAACUGGCAUGGGUGGGUUUGGUGCCAGCUGCUGCAGUUAGAUGGGGUGUAGGUGCCCCAGGGCUGUGGUGGCAGCUGCUGGAGUGUGUGUGUGUGUGUUGGGGGGAUCUCAACCACCAGCACUGGUGUGGGAACAGCGUGUGUCCCCAAAACCAGCUCACAGGGGAAUCAGCGUGAGUCCCCAGGCUGGGCGCCAGCUGCUGGGCAGGCAGGGUGCUGGGCCAGUGCUGUGCAGGCGGUGGUGGCCACAUCCCUUAGCAAGGACCAUAAGGAAGGGAGAGGCCGUGCACGGGAUUCCUGCCUCUUACCGUGGGAACGGGGGGAAGGACACACUGGCUGCUACACGUUUUGUUCCUCCUUUAAAGAAAAUAAGCAACUUCUGUGCAGUCCAAGUCUCCCACUAGAGGAAGUCUGGACUCACAGUGAAGCUGUGCUUCUGCACAAAUCCUGGAUGUCGAAGGAACACUACAGAGGAAAGAGAUAUCUAAACUUUAAAUAAUCAUAUAGAUUUAGUAAUUGCAGCAACAGCUCUGUGGGAGGAAGACAGCCAAAUGCAAAGCACAGAGCGAUAAAAAAUUCCCUUGGAGUGAGAAGCCAUAAAUCAAUAGAAUAUUAAAGGCUUGUUAAAACCACUGUUACCAUCCUGGUCUGGGAGACAGCAACACGCCGAGGGGCACCCGAGAGCCCACUGGGGCAGCAAAUCGUAACAUGAUAUAUGCCAACCGUAUACCAGAGUCCUGAGGACAGACUUCCAUUAUGAAAACUUGCUCACUGUAACCCAGAAGAAGCCCAGCUGUCCUGAGCAAGAUUUUCCUCCGUCGGUCACCCAGGUCAUACGUUUGCAGAGAUGCAUUUUCUUUCGUUUUUCCAUUACUUUGUUACGUGCGUCACGAUGCUCCUCAUUCACAAGCCAGAGGCAGAUGGGUUUGCAGUGCCAGCAUCCAGUCACCCUGUCCUUGCUGCUGUGGGGGGGGCUGCUGUGCUGCCCUGCUGCCUUGACCUGGGGGCGAGCACUCGGCCCUCAGAGGUAGCUGGCUCAGGAUGCCGCACUCGUCACUUGUGCAUCACUACUGCAAGCAGAAGGGCCAGGACCGGGAGCAGACUCCAGAGUACCGAGGCAGGACAGAACUGCUGAUGCACCGCAUCCGCCAGGGCUGCAUGGAUUUGAGACUUUCUGCUGUACAACCCUCUGAUGAGGGGCAAUACACCUGCUUGGUUCGUAGUGGCAUCAGCUAUAAAGAAGCUCGGCUGGAACUGAAGGUGACAGCCAUGGGGUCUGCUCCUCAUAUCUCCAUGGAGAAUAUCCAAGGAGGCAUCAGAAUUGUGUGUCGAUCAUCUGGUUGGUACCCAUUGCCCCAGGUCCUGUGGAGAGAUUCCAGCCAUCAGCACAUACCUUCAGAGACUGAAAACCGAUCCCAGGACGCAAGGGGCCUUUUUGAAGCACAGAGUACCCUCCUUGUCAUGGGAAGUACUCCAAAGGACUUGUCCUGUGUGGUGAGGAAUACGUACCUCAACGAAGAAAAGGAAACUGCUUUUCAAAUGUCAGCCUUUUUACAAGGAGCCUAUCCAGGCGUGGUUGUUCCAGGUGUGAUCCUGACAGUGUUUGGUGUCAUUGGCUUCAUUGCUUAUCUGUUGAAGAUCGAAGGGUGGAGGAGAUUUGCAGACAAACUAGGAAAAGCAAACAUGACUCUGGAUCCAGACACAGCUCACCCCUGGCUGCUCCUCUCAAAGGAUGGUAAAGGCGUGAGAUGGGGAGCAGAGUGGCAAAAGCGGCCUGAAGUUCCUGAGAGGUUUGAUACAUGGUGUUGUGUGCUGGGCUACGAGGGCUUCACUUCUGGGCAGCACACCUGGGAGGUCACCGUGGACAGUGCAAAGAGCUGGGGCGUGGGACUUGCCAGGGCCUCUCUGCAGAGGAAGGGACGGAUCCCACUCAGCCCCCAGGAGGGGCUCUGGGCUGUGGUGAAGCUGGACAAAGUUUUUCGGGCUCUGACGUCCCCUGAAUGCACCCCACUGCCACUGACCUGCAUCCCAAGAAGGAUGCGCAUUUCUCUGGAUUAUGAAAAGGGUCAAGUAGCCUUUUCAAAUGCUGAUACGGAUGUCCCCAUCUUCACUUUCCUGCCAGCCUUGUUCAAGGGAGAGAGAAUCCACCUUUGGCUCUGGGUAUGGGAUAAAAAAUCCUGGCUUAGGUUGUCUCCCUGAAGCACGGCCCUUAGAGAACCUGUAUUAGUUUAGCCUUGCCUCUACAUUUCUGAAGACUUCCUACUGAAUUAAUUUGUGAACUGGAGGGUCAAUGUUUUAGGAUGGCUUUGUCAAACAGCAGGCUAACAGGCGAGCAGGGGUUGAAAGGUGAUGGGCAACUCAGAGAAAGGGUUUCCCUCUUGGGAGGGCAGUAGUCCAUGCUGAGCCUUGCUUGCAGUUCUAUGCGUUGUGUGACAGCUGGGUGGUCCCAAAGCAAUUCCUACUGGCUGGAGCUUGCUUUUUGGAGGUGCACAGACUAUGUGUUUCUGUGGAUGGAAAGAGAUGAUGGGAAAGCUUGAGCUUCAUUCACAGCUGUCCACCUACAUGACAUUUUAGGCCAGGCUUUUGUCUUUUGGCACACAACAGCAAGAUUACGAUUUAUGGUCUGUCCCUUCCAAGGCUCAGAUGGCUCUCAGGUGUUCCUUUCCACACUUCCAGCUAGGUGUAUGGUGCAAUGCAAGAGUGACAUCUUGACUCCUGAGUGAAGAGUGCUGAACUAAAACUCCAGGCAGCCCCAGAGAGACCAGAACUCGGAGUUCCAUGACCACCACUCAGCAACUUUGCCUUGGUUUUGCAGCUUGUUGGAAAUAUCCUGUGCCAGAAUAACCAGCAACCUCAGGACGUGGUGGCUCCACACAUCCCUUUUUUCCAGCAGUUUAGCUGUUGUCUGAGGUCAACCCACCACAGUCCUUUUUGGCACCACUCAACAUGGAACUUGAAGAAGUCUUAUGAGAAACAAAGUUGGGUUUUUGCAAUAGAAGGUGUUUUUGCAGUGGAAAAUUCCACUAACCUUGCAUACUCAAAAAUGAUUGUGCGGCAUAGCAGUGGGGAGUAUGUUAAGCAGAUAAGGGGAAGGUCCCACUGUCCCAAAAUAAGGAGGAUAGCUAAGGAAAACAGGAUGAGCAGUACGAAGUCAGUAAAUACAAAAAUCAUGGACCCUCUAGUCACAAGAGAAGAAGGAAAAAAAAAAGGAAAAGGAGAAAUUAACAGUUGGUCAAAUCAAAUUGUACAUAUACAGUAUAGAAGUGUGUCAAGUAGGUUGUGAACAUGUGGUACUCAGCCAAUGAGGAAACAGAGGAGAAAUCAGGUGUCGGGUAAUAGGGAAUAUAAGGUUAUGAUAAAAUUUUACUGUGUGGUCCUGCUUGCAGGACUCCUGCCAUUGCAAUCGUGAAUAAAAUGGCUUCACA